AUGCCAACCAUCGAAGAAGACAUUUACAACAUCGGCCAACAAGCAAUUCGAUCGUGGCGUCUCAAUACACUUUACGUCUUCCGCACGCCACUCAUUCCCGCGAAACAAGCUGGGAAGCGUCGCUCUGUCAAAGUCUUCUUCAAACUUGAGAACUUUCAAUUAACCGGGUCGUACCACUUCCGAGGGGCUAUGGCAUGGAUGUCAGAGUCUCCUGCAGAUAAACCUCUUGUUACGGCAUCUACAGGAGACCACGCCAUGGGGGCUGCGCUGGCGGCUCAUGCUCUUGGGAGAGACGUCACUAUCGUGAUGCCAGGAACAGUGGCAGCUCACAAGCUGGAAAAAGUCAAAAGUUACGGUGCCAAGAUAAUGAUCCACGGGAGUGAUUUGAACGAGGCCAGAGAACACGCGAACAAAGUCGCCAAGUUGGCGGGAUACACAUACUUCUCGCCCUACAAUGACCGACUAGUCAUCGCUGGCCAGGGCGCAGUUGGAGUUGAGAUCCUCCAGCAAUUCGAAGCCAUGAACUCCCACGCCGACAACAUCUUUGUUCCCAUGGGCGGUGGCGCACUCAUCAGCGGCAUAGGUUGCUUUGUUAAAGAUGCCAGAAGGGCCGUUGGAAACGCACGCCCUAGGGUCAAGGUCUGGGGUGUCGCCACUAUGAACUCAAUGGCACUGGCAGCUUCGCUAUCCGCUGGUUUCAUGGUUGAAACAGACAACAUGCCAACGCUGGCAGAGUCUGAGUCGAAUGACAUAAGCAGGAAUGAAUUAGCCUUGCGUCUGGCCUUGAAUGUGGUUGACCAUGUUGUGUGUGUCUCCGAAUGGGAGAUCCAGCUAGCGUUACGACAACUUGCUGUGAUGGAAGAUCAGCGCGUGGAUGGAUUUGCUGCGCUCGGUCUGGCUGGGUUUAACAGGGUGGCGAAGAAAAUGACGGGGCAGACGUGUGCUAUUGUUUUGACGGGUUGUAAUUAUGAUAGACAGCUGUUAAGCCAAGUUGUCUAUGGCCCAUGA